UCUGAAGGCGCAAGAUGACCGAGACGGAGCCGACGGCCAAGGAGCUGCGAGCGGCGCUGCAGGGCUGCAUGGUCCAGCGCCAAACCACCUUUUGCGUUGGCGGCGUCCUCGGCGGCAUGCCCAUCAGCAUGUACAAGCGCAGCCUGUACCCGUUCGCGAUCCUUGGCGUCCUCGGCUCGUUCGUCGACUACUCGUACCCGUACGACAAGAGCUGCGUCGAGAUCAACGAAAAGUACCAACUCGCGCUCGCCCGCGAAGGCCCCACGCAAUAAGACGCGAUAAGAUGCAUGUAGAGCUCGACGAUAUAUGCUUCCUGCGACUGGUUGUUAGACACGGUUCAUGCCCAUGAGACUGUCGUUGAAGCGCUUCUUGUCGGCGAGCCGCUUCUCGCGCAGCUGGAGCACCGUGACG